AUGAACGCUGGUUCCAACUUCCAUGCAGAGAUGGCCUCGCUGCCACAGACCCCCCUGCCUCUCGUCCGACCGUCUGUUCUGUCCGCACACGAGGUCAUCAAGCCGCACAUACAUCACACCCCCGUGUUCACGUCGUCCUCCCUCUCGGCCACCCUCCCAGAGCAGAAUGUCCUCUACUUCAAGGCAGAGAACAUGCAAAAGGGCGGCGCAUUCAAGUACCGCGGGGCGAGCUACAGCCUCAGCUGCCUGACCGAGCAGGAGCUCGCAAACGGCGAAACCACGCCGGGGCGCUCGCGCUCGCCGCCAAGCAGCGCGGCGCAAAGUGCUACGUCGUGA